AUGCAUUUAUUCAAACUAUGUUUUAGUGACUUUGUUAAAUUAGUUACUAGUAAUAAUAAUAAUAACAGUAUGUUGGCAUCAGUAACUUGUACAGCUCCAGUUAAUAUUGCAACCAUCAAAUAUUGGGGAAAGAGAGAUGAAAACUUGAUCCUUCCUCUCAACUCUUCACUCUCUGGUACUUUACAUCAAGACGACUUAAAGACUACCACUACUGCUGUUGCAUCUGAAUCUUUUGAAGAAGAUGCUCUUUGGUUAAAUGGAAAAAAAGAAGAUGUUAAUAGUGUAAGAUAUCAAAAUGUAUUAAAGACAAUUAGAUCAAGAGCUACAAAGUUGAUGGACAAGAAACACUUUGUUCACAUUUGCUCGAUCAAUAACUUCCCAACCGCUGCCGGUUUGGCUAGUUCAGCCAGUGGUUAUGCUUGUUUGGUAUACGUGUUGGCACAGUUGUACGGUGUAGAGGGUGACGUGUCGUCGAUUGCUCGUCUCGGCAGUGGUAGUGCAUGUCGUUCGAUGUUUGGUGGAUUCGUCAAAUGGGAGAUGGGUACCAAGGCAGACGGCAGCGACAGUAUCGCCGUGCAGGUUGCACCAGAGUCACACUGGCCCGACAUGAACAUCAUCGUGUUGGUCGUCAACGACAAGAAGAAGGAGACCAGCUCGACCGACGGUAUGCAACGUUCGGCUCAAACCUCGGCCAUGAUGAAGGAGCGUUGUGCCACCACCGUCCCCGAACGUAUGGUCACCAUCGAGCGUGCCAUCCAAGAACAUGAUUUCCAAACAUUUGGCGAUAUAACCAUGAAGGAUUCGGACGACUUCCACGAGGUCUGUGCUACUACCGACCCCCCAAUCUACUACCUCAACGACACUAGUCGUUACAUUAUGAAUUUGAUCCAUCGUUACAACAAGCUUGCCGGCUCUGUUCGUUGCGCCUACACUUUUGACGCCGGACCGAACGCCUGUAUCUACCUCCCACAAGAGAGUGUCGCCGAAGUGCUCUCCCUCUUUUUGAAGCACUUCCCAGCCGGCGAAGGUGUCCAAAACUACUACAGAGGCACCGACGAGGUCUUUGCCAAGGUCAACGACUACCAACCACCCAAAAAUAUGCACACCCUCUACACUCCCGAAGUCACCUUCCCCAACUCUCUCAAAUACAUCCUCCACACCCGUGUUGGUCCAGGUCCAAGAAUCCUUUCAGAUUCUGAAUCUUUAAUUAACCUUGAAACUGGUUUACCAAAAGUCUCUCAACAAUAA